AAUUUUCCAAUCUCUUUUUUUUUUUUUAGCUCGAUAAACGGCCGCGGCUACUCGUUUCACCGUCUCCGUUUAGUCUCCGGCUCGCUCGAUUCGCUGCGAUGACUAAAAAGAAGAAUCCUCAUGUUUUCUUGGAUGUAUCAAUUGGUGGCGAUCCAGUUGAACGGAUUGUUAUUGAGCUCUUUGCCGAUGUUGUCCCCAAGACCGCUGAAAACUUCCGUGCCCUCUGCACAGGUGAAGCGGGCGUUGGAAAGACCACUACCAAGCCUCUACAUUUCAAAGGAUCAUCUUUCCAUCGAGUAAUCAAAGGAUUUAUGGCUCAAGGAGGUGAUUUUUCUGUUGGAAAUGGCACUGGUGGGGAGAGCAUCUAUGGUGGGAAGUUUUCAGAUGAGAAUUUUAGACUGGACCAUGAUGGAGCUGGAGUCCUUUCGAUGGCAAAUUCUGGCCCAAACACCAACGGGUCCCAAUUUUUUAUACUUUUUAAACGCCAGCCACAUCUUGAUGGGAAGCAUGUUGUAUUUGGCAAAGUUGUUGAGGGAAUGACAGUAAUCAAGAAAAUGGAACUUGUAGGGACGAGUGAUGGAAAACCUACUAGCCCAGUUAAGAUAAUAGACUCUGGAGAUACGUCUCAGAUAAGAGCACAUGAUGUUUCUGAAAGAGAAAAAGGGAAAUCAAAAAAAUCGAACAAGGGCCUUUCUUCUGAUAAUGUAUCUGACCGUGAAGCUAAGGGGACACACAAAAAAAAAUCGAAGGAGAAAAGGAUAAAGCGAAAAAGAUACUCUUCCUCGGAUUCUGAUAGCUUAAGUUCUGACUCAGAUUCGGAAUCAGAGACAUAUUCAUCCUCCUAUGAGUCUAGUUCUUCCAGUGAUGGAAAGCGUAGGAAGAGGAGAACAAAGAGACACAAAGGCCGACGCGGGGAACAAAAAAUUAAAGGACGAAAUGGCAAAAAGAAAGCUAGAAAACCUCGGCGCAGAAACCCGGAUAGUUCAAGUGACAGCGAGAGUAACAGCAUGAGCAGCAGUUCUGACGAUGAGAGAGUGGGCCGCGAUAAAGCCAGAAAGUCAGUGAAAGCUAAAGGGAAUGCUGCUGAUUCUAGUCCUGCAGAGAAGAGCCUUCUGAGAAAGGAGUCAGAUUCUUUGCUGAAGAACAAUGAACCCGUGGGUAAUGGAAAGGCCACCAAAGCUGAUCACCGCGCUGACUUGGAUGAUUCAGUGAAAUCGAGGAGCAGGAGCCCAAUUCGUAGGAGAAACCAAAACAGCAUGAGCAAAAGUCCUAGUAGGAGCCCUGUGAGAGAUCUUGGAAAUGGAAGCAGAAGUCCGCGUGAGAAGCCAACAGCGGAUACUGUGGGCAAAUCUACCAGAAGCCCUUCUCCAAGUGGUGUGCCCAAGCGCAUCCGAAAAGGGCGUGGGUUCACCGCACGCUAUUCCUUUGCUCGGAAGUACCGUACACCUUCUCCUGAGCGUUCCCCUCCUCGACAUUGGCCGGACAGAAGAAGCUUCCAGGACAGGAACAGGGAUAGGUAUCCGAUAAACAGGAGUUACUCUGACCGCUCACCGAGGAGACGCUUUAGAAGCCCACCCAGAAGGAGCCCUCCAAGGUAUAACCGGAGGAGAAUGAGCAUUUCUCGGAGUCCAGAUGGGUACCACAGACGAUUGAGAGAAGAAAGCAGGAGCCAGAGUCCAAGGCGUCGCAGCCCUAGCCGCAGCCCUAGAAAGAGGCAGCCAAUUAGCGAAGACCUUAAAUCCCGUCUUGGUCCACAGAGAUCCUCCAUCGGCAGAGGACCCACCUCUCCUGUAGAAUCACGCAGCCCUUCUCGCUCAACCUCUCCAUCUGGACAGAGAGGUCUGGUGAGCUAUGCCGAUUGAUGAACACUCUUGUAUUGGAUUUUGGGGAUGCGGGAGUUUUUUGUAGUAAUUUCCGUAUUUUAGUACCAGCAGUUGUAAUAAUAAUUUGGGAAUUGUGUUGA